UUUUUUUUAUUCGUAAGUUUUUUCGUAUAUUUUUGAAACGAGAAUUUUUUUAAAAGAAAAAAUAAAUAUUAUACAUAGAAAGGGGAAAGUAUAAAGGGGAAGAAAAACAAAAGAAUUCUUUAGCAUGAAACCUUAUUCGUUUUGUUCACGCUUUACAGUUAAUUAUAAUGUAUGUAAAAUAAAAGAUACAUACACUACCAUAUGUAAAAAUUUAGAUAGUAUAAAUAUAUAUAUAAGCGAAUUUCUAAAACGCUGGAGAAACAAACAUAUUUUACAAAUCUUAAAUGACGUUUAGAAAAUAAAUUAUAAACAUCAAAAGAGUAAUAAAAUUAUAGUUUAAGUCUUUUGAUUAAUUAAUUAUUAUUAUUAAUUAUUUUGUUUUUUUUUUUUUUGGUUUUUUUU